AUUUACCUCUACAGAGCGGAGGUAUGCUUGUUGGUACAGUGUACGGAGUGUGUGUUUGGUCCUUUGACUCGCUUCCCUCCGGCGUAAGAAGUGCAUCAGUUUUACUGGCUCUCUCUAGACGAGUUAUGAGGAGUUCCUUAUGGUUUGCAGGUUUCAUGGGAGGUUUUGCUACUCUAACUUGCAUGGUAGAAAGAAUAAGAAACAAGAAGGACGCUCUUAACGCAUCGAUAGCUGGCUUUUGUAUGGGUGCCCUCGUAGCCUUCCAUACAAGAAAUCUUACAGCUAUUACAGCUUCAGGCAGCUUAGUUAGCUUGGCUGCCUACAACUUCCACAACUCUCACGACCCCUUUUUGUAAUAACUUUAACUGCGGCCCUCUGCACAGUUUUUUUAUUCACGAUCUCCU